CUCCACCAUGCUCCCUCUCAACGUCCUCCUCGUCCUCACUUUUGCUUUGGCAGAAGUUUUCUCUGCCCCGACUCAAACUCCCUUCCAGGUUCCUGCAACCAAACCACGGCAGCUCCGUGGACGAUUCCUCCAGAUCACAGAUAUGCAUCCCGACCCGUACUACAAAGUUCACAAAUCUCAAUCCAAAGCCUGUCAUAGGAACAAACCGAAGAAGAAGAAAAACAGAUCUCACUAUUAUGGAACGCCCUAUUCCGACUGUGAUUCGCCCUUCACGCUAACAAACUUUACACUCGACGUCCUCGACAAACACUGGGCGGAGGAGAUCGACUUUGUUGUUUGGACAGGCGACAAUGCCAGGCACGACAACGACCGCAAGCUUCCCCGAACUCCGAGUGAGAUAUACGAUCUCAAUAGCGUGGUCGCCAAACGGAUGGAGAAGAUAUUUUCGAGUCGGGGUAUACCAGUUAUCCCUAGCCUAGGUAACAACGAUGUCUGGCAUCAGAAUAUCCUGACUCCAGGUCCUAACAGCAUUACGAAUGAAUAUUCUUCGAUAUGGAAGCCAUUCAUACCGUUUCCUUACCACCAAGUGUUUCAACGAGGUGCAUACUAUUCGGUUGAGGUGGUGCCAAACGCCUUAGCGGUCAUCAGUUUGAACACCAUGUACUUUUAUGAUUCCAACAAAGCUGUUGGUGGGUGCCUCACAAAAGAGCCUGAUGAUCCCGGGAAUUUGCAGUUUGAUUGGUUGCAAGUUCAACUGAAGUUGUACCGUGCUCGAAAUAUGCAGGUUUGGUUGACGGGACACGUUCCACCAUCAUCGGGCAACUUCUUUCCGGAAUGCUAUGUCCGCUAUGUUGAUCUCUCCUUACGGUUUCAGGACACCAUCCUUGGACACCUCUACGGACAUAUGAACGCGGAUCACUUCUUCUUCGUUGAAGCUAUCGACCUCGAAUUUGAUCUCGAUCAGGACUCCAGGGCGAUCUCGUUGCAAAACGGAGAUCUGUGCGACGCCCUGUUGGAGGACUUUUCGACACUUCCAAAGUCGUCCCGGACCGACCUCGACAACUAUGGGGUCAUCAAUGUUUCGCCGCCCGUAGUCCCGAAUCCGUAUCUGCCGACAUUUCGAAUAUUUUCUUACAACAUUACGGGUUUCGAAGCGUCGCCCGUAGGAGUACUGAAGAAGGACCGGAAGCACAGUCAUCAUCGCGGAGAGCAUGGGAACAAGGACGAGUUAUGCAAGGACGAGCCCUAUCGAAGCAGCUGGAAAUGUCAACUCAACUCGACUUGGCAAGCUGAUCCUGAUUCGCCAUCGAGGCGCAACCAAUUGUGGAGUCCGCUGGGCUACGCGCAGUACUAUAUUCCGGAUCUUGCGGAGGGGAACAAAACACAUCAGCCGCAUUUCAAACUGGAAUAUACGACUUAUUCUCCAUUAGAUCUGCAUCCCGCGGCAGCGGAGGAAGAUGGGAAGUUUGUUUAUCCAAUUCCACUUGGGAAUUUGCCCAAAUCGCUGCGAAAGGGGCCGGUCGAGAAGAGCAAAUACACGCCAUAUGGAAUGCGGGACUUGACUGUAGGGUCGUGGGUGGAAUUGGCACGGCGAUUGGCAGACGGGAAAGAGAACAAGUUACGAAAGCAGUUCCGAGAAUUUAUGUACAUGGGAGGGGAAUAAUGGUCGCCUUGUGGUAAAUGGC